UAUAUGAAUUUAGGAAGAUGUAGAAUUUAGUUUCACAUAUUUCAUAUCCCUAGAAAGAUUACCUUGAUGGUGAAAUAAUUAUUCACAAAGGAUUUCAGUUAUUGGAUUCUUUCUAUAUGAUAUAUAAAGAGGGAAACACUUAAGGUAUGCAGAACUGACUUGAGUGUUGUAAUGGUCUACAGUGUUGUAUUGCAAAAGAAAAAAGAAACAGAAGAUAACCAAUAAGGAGAAAUUGGAACUACUAAAUCACUGAAGAGUGCCAUCCAUUGCUAGAUUAUUUGGUCUAUCAAUCUACUGCAGUAUAACAAUUAGUUCAGAGGCAUUUUAAAAAUGUAAAUAUCCCAAAAGUUGUCUUUUGGAUAUUCAUGAAUCAUGUUUUCAUAUUUUUGUAGGUGCUGCUAGCUAGUUUAUUGGAAGAAUGGAACAUUUGAAGCUAAUAUUAAUAAUAUUUCUUAUUUUAUUUUAAAUAGGAGUGUUUUACCACAAACUUUAUCUCAGGACGCAAACUCAUAUAUGUAAAUUGUUCAAAUCUGCCACAGCUUGGGAUUACUGACUUUGAUCAUAUGAAGGAAAUUUCAAUGCAUGUACGAGAAUUGCUGCAAAUUGAGGAGCCCCGUUUUGAAAGAAGUAUCUCUCUCCCGCCUCGAGAUAAUAUGGGGUUGUUCUUAGAACAAAAGUCUCGAACUGGAAAGCGCAGUGAUGCUCUUAGUUAUUCUCAGUUUGUUCAAGAAGCAAGGUUACAAGAUUAUGAACCAACGCUUCCAACCCCACCAUAUGAAGAAAUGCAGCCUUCAACUCCAUCAUAUGAAGUUGAAUCAAUUACACCAUAUGAAGAACUACAACAAACAAGUUCAUUUUUCUCAAAAUAAUAUAAAGUGUUUAUUGUUCACAUAUUUCAGAUAUUAUAUUGUAAAUAUUUCUGCAUUUCUAUAUCAGUUUUCACAGGGAACAAAAUUGUAUAUGGAUGGUGUUUAACCAGUAUCCUAAUCCUAAACUUGGUAUCUAGAGAAAGUGCUUACUGAUGGAUGCAAAACAGAAAUUUUUGCACAUACAUAAUGCAAAAUAAAGUUAUAUGUGAAUGCAGA